AUGGUCAUUGUCUUCAAAAUGGCGCUUUACUGGAUAGUUCUUGCUUUGAUCCUGGCUGCAGGAGAGAUGGAGGCGACUUCAGACAAGUCUAUCACUAUGAGCCGUGUCGCCGGGAAAUUUGGAAAGACUCUGGACGGUUGUCGGGACGAAGCCAAAUUAACCUCUGACAUCAUGGAAGGAUGGGAACAAGCCUGGGAUCAAGACUUCGAUGUAGACCGCAGAGAGAUCGGCUGCGCCAUCAUCUGUAUGUCCAACAAGUUCUCCUUACUGCAAGAUGAUAAUACCGUGCAACAUGACAGUUUGGCAGAUUACCUCAAGUCUUUUGACAAUGGUGACGCUCUUGCAGCCACAGCAGCAGAUUUAUACACGGACUGUGAGAAAGAAAACGGGCAUAUUGAUGACGACUGCAGCCGCACCGCUAAGAUGUUUGCUUGCUUCAGGAUCGGGGCAAAGAAGGCCGGCAUCACGCCCUACGUCGACUUGAUUAAAGAUGUGAUUGAGGAAAGUUAAGACCCGACGGCGAAACGUGAAAUUGGAAACCAUACUGGAACUGACGUAUUUUUGGCCGUGUCUGAUUUGUUUAGCCCCAGAUUUAUGAAUGAAUCAAUAAACUACAUUCCCAUUUCAAUGAAUUGAUGCAAAUCGACUUUGAUAACCAGUGUUUAAGUUUGAACUAGCUAUUACGUGUCUAAAUUUCAUUGUAUUUUUGUUAUCCGAAGUUUGCUAAAGGCUAUUUGAAUGAAAUAUGUUUACAGUAUUGAAUUUAUUUGUAGAAAAAGUGUGUAAGAAUUAUCAUCAUACAGCAUUUAAUUAUCGUGAAAGCGGUUAGUUAAAAAUGACAUGUAAUAUCAUAGCGCAUAUUUUAAUUCAGACUACAACUCUUCGGAUUAACAUGCAUUCAUGCUGAAAUUGUCAAUAACUUCACACAAAUUUAUUUCUUGUCGAUUCUUUGGCCAGUAUUGUUUUUAAUUUAUAAUACCAACAGGCCAUAUUUUUAUUUGUCGUUAUAAAUAAUGCUGAUGAAAAUUAACCCUUAAGUCACAUAUCGGACAAUGUCAAAGAACCUGAGGUCCCCGUAUAAUAAAUUCAUGUAUCACAAAGUUCAUUUCAUUAAGCAUGUCAUUAUUAACCC